CUAAAUUUCGCAAUUAUUCUUGAUAAUACUCGCAGACGAAAUUAGGGUUUCACCAACAAAUAUUUGAAUCUCGAAGUUAGGAUAUCAUCUUCACACACGUUCUUGUAUAUCGUUGUUGAGCAGAAGGAUCAAUAAUUCAGAUCUUGUAAUCAUGGCUGAGGAAGAAAAACAAAUUGAGUUGAAGGAUGAAGCUGCAGAUCUUGCACCAUUCGACCCGGCAAAAAAGAAGAAGAAAAAGAAGGUGGUCAUUCAAGAUCCUGCGGAGGAUUCUGUUGAAGAGUUGGUUGAGAAAACCGAUAGCUUAUCUGUCUCUGAAAGCCUUGAACCCUCAUUUACUGGUCUGAAAAAGAAAAAGAAGAAACAGGUACAGACAGAUCUCAUGGAUGAUGAAAAAGAUAUAGAUUGUCCCACUGGAGAGGACGAGAACGGAGAAGGGUCUGACUCGCAGCAACAAAAACUUCCAUGGGAAGGAAGCGAUCGCGAUUACACGUAUGAGGAGCUUCUGGGCCGAGUGUUUCAUACGAUUCGUGAAAACAAUCCGGAGCUUGCUGCAGACAGAAGGAGAACAGUCAUGAGGCCACCACAAGUUCUCCGUGAAGGAACAAAGAAAACCGUCUUUGUGAAUUUUAUGGAUCUUUGCAAAACGAUGCAUAGGCAACCGGAUCAUGUUAUGACCUUCUUGCUUGCUGAACUGGGUACUAGUGGAUCGCUUGAUGGGCAGCAAAGACUGGUAGUGAAGGGUAGAUUUGCACCCAAAAACUUUGAAGGGAUUUUGCGUCGAUAUGUCAAUGAGUAUGUUAUCUGCAAUGGUUGCAAGAGCACGGAUACAAACUUCGAAAAGAAGGACCGUCUGUCCUUCCUCAUAUGUGAGAAGUGUUGUUCUAGGAGAUCUGUUGCUCAAAUCAAGGCCGGGUUCGUGGCUCGCGUGGGCCGUAGAAAGGCUGGAACUUAGUUUUGCUAAACUGUAUCAGGAAGUCAUGCUAGACGCAUCGGAUGUUGGUUUUCAUUUCUGCAGGAAUUAUAUUUGGAGUCAAAUAGAGUUUUUAUAAAUAUCCAUGUUACGGUUGUCUCGUUUGUACGUGCUUUUAAAUUUGAUAAAACAAUAAAGCGUCGAUGCGAUCGUUGUGUUUUAAA